GUCCCGCUCCCCCAACCCAAACCGCGCGGGAUUGUGGGGGACGCGCACACACAUACACACACACACACACAAAAACUACUACUUCCAAGAUGUCUGACAUGGAGGAUGACUUCAUGUGCGACGAUGAAGAAGACUAUGACUUGGAAUAUUCUGAAGAUAGCAACUCUGAGCCAAAUGUGGAUUUGGAAAAUCAAUACUAUAAUUCCAAAGCAUUGAAGGAGGAUGAUCCCAAAGCAGCACUUAGCAGCUUCCAAAAGGUUUUGGAGCUUGAAGGUGAAAAGGGAGAAUGGGGAUUCAAAGCACUCAAACAGAUGAUAAAAAUCAACUUUAAACUGGGUAACUAUCCAGAAAUGAUGAACAGGUAUAAACAACUACUAACCUACAUCCGGAGUGCAGUCACUAGGAAUUAUUCAGAAAAAUCCAUCAACUCCAUCCUUGACUACAUAUCUACAUCUAAACAGCAGCAGAAGUCGAAGAGGCAGGGUAGCAGCGGGGGAAUCGCAGAAACGGACCUGAAACCUUGCUUUGGCGGGGAAGCUGAAACAAAGAUGGAUUUAUUACAGGAAUUUUAUGAGACCACUCUUGAGGCUCUAAAAGACGCAAAGAAUGACCGAUUAUGGUUCAAGACAAACACAAAGCUUGGCAAACUGUAUUUGGAGAGAGAAGAGUUUGGGAAACUACAGAAGAUAUUACGCCAAUUACAUCAGUCGUGUCAGACUGAUGAUGGUGAGGAUGACUUGAAAAAGGGGACCCAGUUGUUGGAAAUUUAUGCUCUGGAGAUCCAGAUGUACACUGCACAGAAGAACAACAAGAAAUUAAAAGCACUAUAUGAGCAGUCCUUGCACAUCAAAUCAGCCAUCCCUCAUCCACUUAUUAUGGGUGUCAUCAGAGAAUGUGGAGGUAAGAUGCACUUAAGAGAAGGAGAGUUUGAAAAGGCACAUACAGAUUUCUUCGAGGCGUUCAAGAACUAUGACGAAUCAGGGAGCCCCCGACGCACCACUUGCCUGAAAUAUUUGGUACUAGCUAACAUGCUGAUGAAGUCAGGAAUUAACCCCUUUGACUCUCAAGAGGCCAAACCAUACAAAAAUGAUCCAGAGAUUCUUGCAAUGACAAAUUUAGUAAGUGCCUAUCAGAAUAACGACAUCACUGAGUUUGAGAAGAUCUUGAAAACCAAUCACAGUAACAUCAUGGACGAUCCCUUCAUAAGGGAACACAUAGAAGAGCUUUUGAGGAACAUCAGAACACAAGUCCUGAUAAAAUUAAUAAAGCCUUACACUAGGAUACAUAUACCAUUUAUUUCUAAGGAGUUGAACAUAGAUGUAGCUGAUGUAGAGAGUUUACUGGUACAGUGCAUAUUGGACAACACUAUUCACGGCCGUAUCGAUCAAGUCAACCAACUGCUUGAACUGGAUCAUCAGAAAAGAGGCGGUGCUCGAUAUACUGCUUUAGAUAAAUGGACCAAUCAGCUUAAUACUCUCAAUCAAGCAGUUGUCAGCAAAUUGGCUUGAUUGAGUUCAGCUCCUGCAAUAGUACUUAAGGAAGAGAUGCAGUGAUGUAAACCUUAAAAACUGAGAAUGGCUGAACUACUGUUCGUUGGUGUGUCCUGAAAACUACCCGAGCUAUGGCAGAGAAGUGCUUUUGAUCAGCUGGUUCAUGUUUUGCUGCUGCAUUUGUCCCAAGAAAUGGCUUUAAUCAGAAGAAAAACCAAAAUGCUACAGGAUUUGCGAUGUACUGACACCCUGCCCUCCACCAUAAGGGCAAAUAAAUGCCAGAGAGCUGUUUUUUGUCAAGAUUUAAAAACACAAGACUCCUCACGUUGGUGACGUCUAAAUAUUUUAGCAGUAGACAACCUCUCACAGAAUUGUUAAAAACCUGCAAUAAUUUGAAAUGUGUACUUUUUUUUGGAAAUACAUUCUUUCAUGUGAGAAUUGGCAUGUUUGCAUUAUUCUGCAAAGUGUCUCUGUUACCUUCCAAAUUAUGUGCCCCAUGAGUCCUCUGUACCUGCAGUGUAGUAAAAAGUUUAGCCCCAAAUCUCCAUAAUGUGACACACUGCCGCUUUAGGUUGGAAGCAGCAAAAUAAAACCAUACAGCUCAGAAAUUGUAAAUGCUGUAAUUUUGGAGUGUUUCCAUUGUUCUUUCUCAACCCUACAUUUGAAGAGCAUGCAUAUGUUCCAUCUCUUGGGUUCUAAUGAGUAUGUAGGGCUGCUGCAGAUGCUGUAAAAUAAUUCAGAUUAGUUUCUCGAGUAAAUUCUAUAAAGUUUACACACUUGAUAUGUUUUCAAGAUAGUAUUCUAUUAUCUAGUCUAGCACACAAUAUGAAUUAUCAAGUUAAAUGCUUUCAGUUCUAACCAUACUAGUGUAAAGACUGGACAUAUUACAUGGGUGCUGCGUGCCUCAUCACAGUGCAACUUUAACCUGUGCUUAGCUUUCAGAAGCUAGUUAACUGAUUGUUCUUGAGAGUGCUGCAUGUUUAAAGUAGGCAGAAGGGCAGCACUUGGAUUUUGAACAUAACUUUGAAUGGUUAAGUUUUAAACCUGUGUUAUUACUGUAAAUAAACCAGAGAAAAAAAACUUUUAAGUACCAAGAACUUCCAGUAUUUAACAAGUUGUCCCUGAAUUCAGUGGCUUGAUCUACAGUUCUUCCAUGUUUCCCAGAAAAAAAUUAUUGUCUUUGUUGGUAACUUAUCACUACAGAAGGAUACCAUUAAGCAAAAAGUAUUAAUCUUGCAUUCGUCUUUUUAUUCCAUGGUUGUCCAUCUAAUUUGCGAGUAUAAAAUGUUAUGGUCAUCCUUCACUUGGACUGCUUGUUUUAACCUUUUUUUUCCCCCUAAACAUUUUGCUAUUUCCAUCGCAUGCUUUGACAGUAAUUCAGUUUUUUUUUAAUAAGCAAUGUUUUGACUGGUUGAAUUGUACUGAGCAGCAAGUAUGCUGCUGGUCAUAAAGAUCUUAUUUGUGUGAUUUAAUUAAUGUUCCUUUUCCAGUCAUUAGGCAGGAAGUCCAAUAUGUGCGAUGGUAAUUAUAUAGUAAAGUUCUAAAGAAAGUUUUAUUCUGUACUUUUGGGAAAAUACUUGAAAAUGCAAUUUUCUAUGAGGGUUUUAGGAGCACUGAUCUGGAAUAAAAUUCAACUGUCAAAGCA